AUGGACCAAGUGGAACCUGCUAGCGAAAUUGUGAAAAGAUUUGUUACUGGAGCAAUGUCUUUUGGUUCGAUCUCGUGGGAAGCUCAUACGACGCUCGCGAUUGCAAUGAAUCGCAUAGGGGCAAAAUCGAAUACAGGUGAAGGUGGAGAGAAACCUGAGCGAUAUGCAAGUAAUCAGGAUGCAAACAAUAAUUUGCGAUCAGCAAUCAAGCAGGUAUUGGUGCCUAAACUUACAUUUUUUAGAUGUAUCUGCCUAACUGCUCAAGAGGUUUGUUGUAUUAGCUAAAU